GGGCAAAGCAGGAAGGAGAACGAAGAGGUUGUGUGACUUUUAUUGAUGCAGCACCAUGUAAGUUCAGCUAUGAAGGAGAAAUAAGAGUCCGAGCGAGUGUGUGAAGAGUCUGCCCGUAGGCAGGAGGGGCCGUUGUUCAACCUGGCUUCCACUGGGAGAGGGACCUACUGAAGCAGCAUGUCUAAUGAGAGCGAGUCUUGCUGGUCAGGGAAUGGGUCUGUGGGCGUCCUCACCUGCCUCCUCCUGGCCUGGGAGGACUGGGCCGGGCUGGGAAAUCUGGAAGACUACCUCAGCUUCCUAGAGUAUCUGCUCUGGGUCUUCACCCCGCUGGCCAUCGUCUUCAUCCUGCCUUUCCUCAUAGUCAUCUUGAUCUACUUGUCCAUCCUGUUUCUCCAUGUCUACAAGCGCAAGAACCAGCUGAGGGAAGCCUACUCUAACAACCUCUGGGAUGGGGCGAGGAAAACACUGGCCACUCUGUGGGACGGCCAUGGAGCCAUUUGGCAUGGUUACGAAAUCCAUGGCUUAGAUAAAAUUCCAGAUGAAGGCCCGGCCCUCAUUGUCUACUAUCAUGGAGCGAUCCCUAUCGACUACUACUACUUCCUUGCGAGCGUCAUCAUUCAGAAAGGCCGCACGUGUCACUCGGUUGCUGACCACUUCUUGUUCAAGGUCCCAGGGAUUAAGCCGCUUUUGGAGGUUUUCAGUGUAAUCCAUGGGCCACAGGAGGAGUGUGUGAAGGCCCUGCGCAGCGGGCACCUGCUGGGCAUCGCUCCAGGAGGGGUGCGGGAGGCCCUUUUCAGUGACGAGACGUACCCCUUGGUCUGGGGGAAACGCAAGGGUUUUGCACAAGUGGCCAUAGAUUCCAAAGUGCCAAUUAUUCCCAUGUUUACUCAAAACGUCCGGGAGGGAUUUCGCUCUCUGGGAACGUUAAGAUUUUUCAGAUGGGUGUAUGAAAGGUUCCGGCUGCCCAUAGCGCCUGUGUACGGAGGAUUUCCUGUCAAGUUCCGCACUUACUUAGGCGACCCCAUUCCGUACGACCCUAAACUGACUGCAGCUGAGUUAGCAGAAAAGGUACAAGCAGCAGUUCAAGCACUUAUCGACAGACACCAAAAGAUUCCUGGCAACAUCCUGCGGGCUCUGCUGGAACGUUUCCACACCAGGCCCAAAGCGGAAUAGCGUGCACUUUUCGGGUUCUUCUCCAGCGGUUCCCCGCCAGGCCCAGAGGAACAGCACAGCGCUUUCUCUCAGGCUAAAAACUACACAAACUUUAUUUUCAACUUUUAUUCCCAGCAUAAUUUAACAGAGAACUGGAAGUAUUAUUGAACUAAUGUAUCAUCGGUGUAUGAUAUUUUGAUGUUACUGAUACUGAGAUAUUGACAUCUGUGUGGCAUGGGCACGUAAUUAUCAGCAAAUGUCACAAAAAAUGACAUAUCUAAUGAUGGUGUGUCUGUAUUGUGUCUGGUUUCUAGUCUUGUGUGCAUGUGAAGUGUAAGAAUGUGUGGUUUCGCCUCCUGUGUGAUUUGUUUUGUGUUUGUUUUUUGUUUUUUUGUUUUUUUCUUAAUCCGUGACUUAUUUGCACACUUUGAUCUGUUUGAAGGACCACUGCCAAAACAACUGGGUUUCAAGAGGCCUUUUGGUUACUUUAUGUCCGAAAAACAGGAAAUGCUAUUUUAGAGCUGGCGAACUGUUCAACGUGGGAGACAGAAAAAGAACAUCUUUUAUAAAAUGCGCAAUAAUUGCAGGUCGAAGUGGUUGACGUCAGAUUCUUGUUCUUCUUGAAGCGAUAGUUACUUACUUAAUUAUCCCCUUAUCCCAAAUGUAGGAGAAUGACUGAGGCAUGUUUGCUCCUUUAUUUUUGCACUGGAGCUAUGAGGCUAAUGUAGCUAACAAGCAAUUAGCAGUGUGCAAACUGCAUGUAAUUUUUGCUGUAAACUGUAUGAAGGGCUGUUAUCUAUAAAAUGGACAGGAGUACAUCACACAGCAAAAACAGCAGCCUGAAUUUUGACAGUUUACAUAGAUAACAUUACCUAAUAACUCCUAAUACUUUAAGAAUUCCACUUUGCACAAUGCUAACUGGUGGCUAUAAGCUUAUGUUAUUUAGCUACAUUAGCCUGAUGAACCUCUGAAGUCUUCUCGUCAUUCUGUUAUCAGUGCCAUGUCCAUAUUAGGAACUCCAAGUCUUAGCAGUUCUUCUCCAUGACAGAAAAGAAUGGAAUUAUGGAAAAUCGCCGCUGUCGAGUCCUGUGCUAAACUAAAAUGCCCAAAAUCUGAUAUAUUUUGCCAAACGGACAUUUUUCCUCUGAAUGUGUCUGGAUUCUCUGAAUUACCAGGUUGUUUAGAAGCCUAAAUAUGACGACUGCAUAUGGAAGCUAACACUGCUGUGCGCUAAAUUGACAUCGUAAGAUUGGCAACCUCACCAAAGUACCCCACAAAAAUGAGCAGCCUUUGUUUGACUUCUGCAGUUUUUAAGCUUGUGUUGAUAAAUAUGUGUUUAAGUUUUAUAGUAGUCAUUUAUGUGUCAUUUAAGUGCACAGGAGUUUUAGCUUACCUGUAGCAUAUAUGAAGCAUUAUUUUCCAGUUCCAGUAACACUUGUGGGGGAAAAAUCCAUCAGCUUUGAGGCAUUUUAGUUGACCCCAGACUCAACUGUGAAGGUUUUCAAAUACAACAUUCAUUUCUUUCGUAAAGAAAACCAGCUUAGACCCAGAGUUUCUAAUAUGGGCAUGACCGACCACAUCAGAGGUCUGUAACUAACGAAGCAGACUUAUCUUGCCGGAUCAACUACACUAUAUGUUCAAAUGCUUAUCGACUCCUGCUAACAUUUUUUUCUGAAAUCAAAGAUAUUUAUAAGGAGUUUGUCCUGUUGCAGGGACUUUUUGUAGCUGCAAUGAUGGGCCUCUACUCUACUGGGAAAGCUUUACACAAGAAAUUAGAACAUUGCUGUGAGGAGUUGAUUGCAUUCAGCUGCAAGAGCAUUAGGGAGGUCAGGUACUGCUACUGGAUGAAUAAUGCUGGAUCAAAAUCUCUACUCCCACAUAGGCAUUGACUGGAGCUCCAUCGCUUCACUGCUCUGCAUGCCUGAUGCUGAGCCUCUAGCCAUUGCUUUGCAUUGGGCAUGGUCACCUUAGGCUCAUGCGUGGCUGAUCCAGAGUGUCCUGUUCUGUUGGCAAUGCUUUUCUAUAGAGGUAGAAGCAUUGUUGGUGCAAUUGAGCACCUGUAAAUGAUAUAUUUGGCCUGAACUAUCGCUUUCAUCUUACAAGCAUACUGUGAUUUAAUGGGAGCCAGUAAGUAUAUGUAACUAAUGACUGUUAAAGUGAGAUUCAGCAGUUGUUGAUUGGUGCUGCGCACAUCAAGGUUCCAGCUAGGCCUUGGUUAGUGUUUUCUUCUAGAGCUUCUAGAGUGCGGUCAGUGUCGGGCCGCUGUUUAAAAAGGUUCCAGUUCGCUAAGCUCUAAAAACCUGCUCUUCGAUUGGGCAGCAUAACGAUGCAGUACAUUAACUGUUACAUUAAUGUUACAUUAAUGAGGUCAUUUCUGCAGGGGUCGAAUCACAUCUGUCUUUACAGAUUCAGCAUUUCUAUACAUUCCUGGAAUCUGCUCACUUGGUAUUUUGACCAGCAAAGAAUUCUAAGAAUCAAAGAUGUCAAUGUUUAAAAUCAAUGGUUGUAAAAUGUGAUUUUAUAGUUAAAAAAAAAAAGAUUUUAUUGUUCAAAAUAAGUGUAUAUUCUCAUUGUUGAAAUAUUUGGCACAAAUUGAACCCAUUUGGACUUACUGUCAUCGAUUUUGUCUUUCUUGAACCUUCCAUCCAUUAAAGGAAUGCAUCAUUCAGUAAUGCUAAUGUUGCUAACAGUGGAUGAAAGCUCGUAGGUGCCAGUUACGCUUAUGCUAACUGCUUCCCUUUUACUGCCAUUCACUGUUAGCUUCAGCAUUUCUGGAUUAGUUAUUUCUUUGUGCAUAUCAGCAGUGCAAGCAUCGGUGUGAUUCUAUGUGGAUCUGUCUGGUAUUGAUGAAAAACCUCUGUGCAUUAAUUGUAAAUCAGAAAAAAACAUGACACUGAAAAUUAAAAAAAUUAUUUUUUGAUAA